AUGAGGGUUGAGCUAGAGAGACGAAUAAGUUCGCCUUCUCUAUUGCGGUGUGAGCCAGCGUCCCGUCAUACCUCAGCAGCGGUGGGUGUGAGCGGCGCGGCGACAGAAGCACAAUGGGUGAACCCCGCGAGAGCAUCACACAAGUCGAAAUAUCCAGUAGAAUGCCGGUACGACUCUUGCAGUGUGGCACUCGAAGACCUGGACAUGUUGCUCAGACUUCUUAAAUCGCAGGACGUCGACAACGUUCCUCCAAAUAGUGGCCUCAGCAACGAAAUUAUUAUGAAGCUGGUUAACGGUUUGAUAUACAUAGCUACACAGCACUGUGCUCCUUGUCGAGACGAAUCGUCCGGAGGUAAUAAUGGUAUCACGACGGAAAGCUUGGAUCGUAAAAUGGGUGAAGGUGGUGGUAGUGGAUAUGAUGGGGGAGUAGGUGGAGAUGGUGGUGGAUAUGGUAUGGGUGGUGGAGGUGGAUAUGGUAUGGGUGGUGGAGGUGGAUAUGGUAUGGGUGGUGGGGGUGGAUAUGGUAUGGGUGGUGGAGGUGGAUAUGGUAUGGGUGGUGGAGGUGGAUAUGGUAUGGGUGGUGGGGGUGGAUACUGUGCUGGAUUAGGUGGUGGAUAUGGUGGGGGAGUUGUUGGUGGAUUAGGUGGAUAUGGUUGGGGAGUUAGUGGUGGAACAGGUGGAGUUGGUGGUGGAUAUGGUAUGGGUGGUGGUGGUGGAGUAGUUGGAGGUGGUGGUGGUGGUGUAUAUAGUAUGGGUGGUGGAGGUGAAUAUAGUGGUGGAUAUGGUGGGGGAGUUGGUAGUGCAAUAGGUGGAGGUGGUGGUGGUUAUGGUAUGGGUGGUGGUGGUGUAAUUGGUGGAGGUGUUGGUGGUGGAAUAGGUGGAGGUGUUGGAUAUGGUGGAGGUGUUGGUGGUGGAAUAGGCGGAGGUGUUGGUGGUGGAAUAGGUGGAGGUGUUGGUGGUGGAAUAGAUGGAGGUGUUAGCGGUGGAGUAGGUGGAGGUGUUGGUGGUGGAAUAGGUGGAGGUGUUGCUGGUGGAUAUGGUGGAGGUGUUGGUGGUGGAAUAGGCGGAGGUGUUGGUGGUGGAAUAGAUGGAGGUGUUGGUGGUGGAAUAGGUGGAGGUGGUGGUGGUGGAAUAGGUGUAGGUGUUGGUGGUGAAAUAGGUGGGGGUGUUGGCGGUGGAAUAGGUGGAGGUGUUGGUGGUGAAAUCUGUGGAGGUGUUGGUGGUGAAAUAGGCGGGGGUGUUGGCGGUGAAAUAGGUGGGGGUGUUGCUGGUGGAAUAGCUGGAGGUGUUAGCGGUGGAGUAGGUGGAGGUGUUGGUGGUGGAAUAGGUAGAGGUGUUGGUGGUAGAAUAGGUGGGGUAGUUGGUGAUGAGUAUGGUGUAUGA